UUUUCCACUCAAUUUUAUCAUCUCUUUAUUUUUUUCUUUUUGCUUUCAUUCUAUCUUAUCAAUCAUCUUUUUCUCCAGUUUUAAUUUUAUUCAACGCUAAUUAAUUAAAAUUAAGCUCUGAGUGUUCAAAAAUGGCGUCAUCUGAUCAAUCAUCGGCUGCUUUAGAUUUUAUCAAGAGUCAUUUAUUCAGUGAACUUUCUCCGAUUGGUGUUAAUUUCAGCUUUAAUCACAAUAAUUUUGCUAAUUCUGAGUUUAAUUUUGGGAAUAAUAAUUGUGAUUUUAAUGGUGUUAAACAUGAUCAAUUAUCAAUUUCUAAAACUAAUUCUCUUUCCUCACAAAAUUCAAUCUCCUCAAUAAAUUCUUUUUCAUCGGAAGCUUUUGUUGGACAACAGCAGAUGAAUUCUGGCUUGAUUAAGGAAGAGAAGUCAUCUGAUUUUGGUUUUGAUUUCGAUUUUGAUGUUGAUUUCUCGAAAUUUGAGACCAAGGAGAAGGAGAUGUCGACACCUUCGCCGACUUUUUCCGGCGGAUCUAAGUCCAAGUUUAGGGAAAAGAGGCCGGCGAUGAAUAUCGCCGUUCCGGCGCCGGCGAAGAAGUUUGAGGUGGUCGAGUUUGUGCCUGAGAUGACUCAGCAAGCGAGUGAUGUGGUGACUCAGCAGAAGGUUGAGAAGGAGGAAGCUCAAAGGCACUACAGAGGAGUGAGGAGAAGGCCUUGGGGUAAGUACGCGGCCGAGAUUCGUGACCCGAACAAGCGCGGGUCACGAGUCUGGCUUGGUACUUACGACACCGCUAUUGAAGCGGCCCGAGCUUAUGAUCGGGCUGCUUUCAAGCUACGUGGCUCGAAAGCGAUCCUCAACUUCCCGCUUGAAGUCGGGAAGUUGGUUGAGGAGGCUGCAACCACAACCACUACUACCGCCGUUUCAUGCGGCGGAGGUAGUGGUGGAAGGAAAAGAAAGGAUGUGGAAGAGAGUAAAAAUAAAGAGGUGGUACAAGUUAAAAAGGUUAAAAGUGAAGAGACCUCAACGACGUCGUUUGUAACCGAAGACUCAUUUCCGUUGACUCCGUCAAGUUGGACAGCGUUUUGGGAUUUAGACGUGAAGACGGGAAACGGAUUGUUUACCGUACCUCCGUUGUCUCCGUUAUCUCCCCAUCCGUCAAUGGGAUAUUCACAAAUGACAGUGAUGUAAAAGAGAUUACGAGUACUACAUAUACGUAUUGAUUAUCAUUAAUUAUGGUUAUAACGGAGUAUUCUCAGAUUUUCGGUUUAAUUUAAACUGUCUGAUAGAAGAAAAAAAAAAUGCUAGUACUUAUAUUAGUGUAAUUUCAAUGUUGUAAUAGUCGACCGUUCAAGGGUGCUGUGUGUAAAUAGUGAACUCGCGGCCUAGUAGUUUUGAA